AUGUCUGCUCCAAACCCAAAAGCUUUCCCUCUAGCCGAUGCUGCUUUGUCUCAACAAAUCUUGGAUGUUGUCCAACAAGCUUCCAACAUGAGACAAUUGAAGAAGGGUGCCAACGAAGCCACCAAGACUUUGAACCGUGGUAUCUCUGAAUUCAUCAUCAUGGCUGCUGACUGUGAGCCUAUUGAAAUUCUAUUGCACUUGCCAUUGUUGUGUGAAGACAAGAACGUUCCAUACGUUUUCGUUCCAUCCAGAACCGCUUUAGGUAGAGCUUGUGGUGUUUCUAGACCAGUUAUCGCUGCUUCCAUCACCACCAACGAUGCUUCUGCUAUCAAGAGUCAAAUCUAUGCCGUCAAGGACAAGAUCGAAACUUUGUUAAUCUAA